AUGGAAAUCUGCGAUGGAAGUGAGGAUGAUGAUCAUGGAGUAGGCAACAAUGAUCUCCAUUACAAUGAUGAUGAUGAUGAUGAUGAUGAUGAUGAUGAUGAUGUUGAGGAUGCAUCGUCUAUGCAUGAUGAGCCAAGUGAAGAGCAGCGCAAUGAUGAAAACACUACAGAAAGAAGCAAUGAUGAAUCUGGACACGAAAGUAAUUUUCUCGAUAUUUCUUUUUUCAAACUCCCCUGUCUACAACAGGCCAAGCUUGAAUCGCCACAGAGCCCAUUUGACGUUCUGGCGCGUAGCUUCAUUGCUCUCAAACAUACCUUAUUGAAGCCUCACUGGUUUCAGUUGUUCUACCGUGAAACUGAAGAGAGCAAGGCUUAUGAAGAAAUUGGAAUUUUCCACGAGUUGCUUGGGUUGAGCCAAAAGGAGUGCUUGGACGUUCUUGUUGCUUCAGGACUUGUAGCACCUAACAAGAACUGUCAAAUGAAAGCAAAGAAAGCCAUAUUCAAAAGAAUUCAAGGUAUCGUGGAAGGUGGCUUUGAUUUUGAAAUAAACACCAACAUCAAGGGUUUUUCUUGCAAGCACUCUUUUGUUUUGAUUGGUCCACCGACAGAAAAGAUACCAUCGCUGAGUAAUCAAAUUUGCAAAGAGAAGGAGCGACCAGCAAUCGACUCACCAGGCAUUCUCUCCAUGAUCCAUGAGAGCUUCAAGCAGUACUAUGAUUCUGAUGCUUUUCCAGCUCACAAUGCCAUCUUUCAAGGUGCCCUGAUGCUUGGGGCCACUGCACUUUUUCUUGGAGCAGACAAAGGCGGCGGCAGUUUGGUGAAGAAAGUCUACCUUUGGUUUCAGGGGCUAAGUUACGACGUGGAUCUUGAUUUUGACGGUUCUGGAGAGGAUGCGGCAUCAUGUGGAGAUGCUUGCUAUCAUUUGUUCUUAAAGUUUGUCUUUGGCGACGAUAAGCAUGGCCAGCUGAAGGGCAUUGUCAAGGGUGGAGGAAGCGAUAGCGGUGGUGGUUUCACAAACGGGAAAAUGAAGGAAGAGCUUGUGAGAAAGGGCUUGGCUAACGAGAAUGAAUACAUUCACUGCCCAUGCACCUCGCACAAUGACCAGACCAAUCUUCGAAAUGCUACUGAAAGCAUCUUUGGUGAAGGUGGAAUUGAGAAAAGGAAUGUCAUGCAACUAUUGCAUGCGCUUUCGGACUUCCAAAACGAUUUUUCUGACAAAGACCUAUACUUAGAUCUGCUAGAAGCUGCACAUCAUGAUAAAUUUCGCGACAAAGCAACAGUGCCAAAGGAUUUGCUUUGA